AUAAAAUCAGACAAGAUGCAGAUCAAAGAUGAUCACGACGACGCAGGUUCUCAGUCGGAAGACAACGGAGUUCCAAUUUACGAUUCAUUGGAAAGCUUGCUAUUUAUUCCAAGGUCAAUGUCAAAAGAAUUGAGUGAAACAGCAUUGCGUACACAGUUUUUAUUGGACAAAUGGAGCAAUAAUCGAAGAAAAAUUGUCAGACAAAUGGAAGGAAUUGCUGAGAAGCUGGAUAAUUGGGAGAAAGGAUGUGCAAUUUCAACAGCUGUCGGAAGUACCGUUGGUAUUGCAUCUGGAAUUGCAGUUAUUGGAGGACUUAUCUUGAUGCCACCAGUUGCAAUUGCUGGUCUCAUCGUUGGAACAGCUUCAGGAGUUUCCAAUUUGGCGACAGGCAUCACGAAAUUUUUUCAUACAAAAGGGCAGCACAAAGAAGUAGCUGCAAUGAUUGCAGAAGACGGUGUACUUUUUGAAGAACUUCUGAAAUCAAGAGAAGAACUUAUGGAAGCUGUUCGGAAAAUUGUUGAAGAUGAGGAAUUCUUUAAACAUUUCAAAAACGACGGGGACAUUGAAAAUAAGCUGAAAACUGUGUUCGGUGGAUCAGUUACUGGAAUAACUGGAAUUGGAACUAGAUUUGCAAUUACUUCGAUGGGUCGCCUCUCCUCUUCUCUUGUCAAAGGAGUUCUUCACAGUGUAGCUGUAAUUGGAAUCGUUCUAGACAGUGUCACAUUGGCGUUGAGCGCCAAGACUCUUGGAGAAGGAUCCGUGUCGGAACUUGGAUCUUCUAUUUUAGAAGCAUCUUCCAAAAUGGAAAUGAUGCGCCAAAAAGUGGUAAAACACUUUUUGAAUGAAGACGUCUGGAAAGACGAUGAUGACGUCCUCUCCGAUGUUGGUUCUAUUGAAAUGGUGCAGCCAGAAUCUCCAAAUCAGUCACUGAUAAUGGAUCCACAUCAACAAGAAUCAUCUGUACAACAUUAAUAUCGGGAUUUUGAAUUUUUCUGGGUUUCACUACUGUUUUGUUGUUAUUUUGCGAAAGUUUCAUGCGAAUAAAUAAAAUAAAUUCGGCACUUCAAG